UCAGUAGACAAAAUGUCAAUAGAAUAAGUGGCCUACAUUCCAGACUUGGCCAUGAACCAUUUGGAGGGACCAUCUGAGGGGAAGGUGAAUGACGAGCCAGCAAACGGAGAGGUGAACGAGUCAGUGGAGGCUGACCUGGAGCACUCUGAGGUGGAGGAGGAGCAGCAGCAGUAUGCCGCCCAUUACCCGAGACAUGCCAAUGGCAGCCAAGAAGGACAGUCUGGGCAGGAGGAGGAGGGGAUGCUUGCUCGGUCAGCCAGUACAGAGAGUGGCUUCCACAAUCACACUGAUACUGCUGAAGGGGAUGUCAUAGCCACCGCAGAGGAUGGCUAUGACACAGACAGAGUUCAGGAAAAUGAGGAUGAGAGCUCCUACGCAGUGCAGUAUAGGCCUGAGUCUGAAGAGUACACAGAAAAUGCCGAGGCUGAGCAUGCUGAGGCCAUUCAGACCCGAACUCUACCUAACCACUUACACUUUCACUCCAUUGAACAUGAGGAAGCCAUGAAUGCCGCCUACUCGGGGUAUGUCUACACUCAUGGGCUCUUCCACCACGGGGAGGAUGAACAGUAUGCUGAGCCCUACGCCGACUAUGGACUGCAGGAGCAUGUGUACGAGGAGAUAGGAGAUACACCUGACCUGGAUGCCAGGGAGGGACUACGACUCUAUGAGCAGGAUAGGGAGGAAGCUGACAACUAUCGCAAGGAAGCUCUGGGUGCCCGCCUUCACCACUAUGAUGAACGGUCUGAUGGAGAGUCUGACAGCCCUGAGAAGGAGGCAGAAUUUGCUCCCUAUCCAAGGAUGGAUAGUUAUGAACAAGAGGAAGAUAUUGAUCAAAUUGUGGCUGAGGUCAAACAGAGCAUGAGUUCUCAGAGCCUGGACAAGGCCGCUGAAGAUAUGCCAGAAGCAGAGCAGAACUUGGAAUGUGACCAUACUCCCGGUAGUGGGACUCUCGAGAGCAAUGGUCAGCUCCCAGCUGGCUCCAGGCCCACGGUCAACUCAGGAGAGUCAGUGCAGAGAUAUAGCAAGGAGAAAAGGGAUGCAAUAUCUCUGGCUAUUAAAGAUAUUAAAGAGGCUAUUGAGGAAGUGAAGACAAGGACCAUUCGUUCUCCUUACACCCCAGAUGAACCAAAAGAACCCAUCUGGGUGAUGAGACAGGACAUCAGCCCAACCAGGGAUUGUGAUGAUCAGAGGCCACUGGGUGGAGAUUCUCCAUCUCCUGAUUCCUCUUCACCCCGUGGUGCUGAAUCGUCAAGUAGGCAACAUCACCAAGAUGUCUGUGGUACAGCAGAACCUUCCACUAAUAAAGAGUCCAGAAAAAGUUUGGCUUCAUUCCCAACCUAUGUUGAAGUUCCUGGACCCUGUGAUCCUGAAGACUUAAUUGAUGGAAUUAUUUUUGCUGCCAAUUACCUUGGCUCCACUCAGCUCCUUUCUGACAAAACUCCCUCCAAGAAUGUGCGAAUGAUGCAGGCUCAGGAAGCUGUCAGCAGAAUCAAGAUGGCCCAGAAAUUAGCCAAAAGCAGGAAGAAGGCCCCAGAAGGUGAAUCUCAGCCCAUGACAGAGGUGGACCUCUUCAUCUCUACGCAGAGAAUAAAAGUGUUGAAUGCAGACACACAGGAAACUAUGAUGGAUCAUCCUCUGAGGACCAUUUCCUACAUUGCAGAUAUAGGGAAUAUUGUUGUGCUGAUGGCUCGGCGACGAAUGCCUCGAUCUAAUUCCCAGGACAAUGUGGAGGCAUCUCACCCUUCUCAGGACGGAAAGAGGCAAUACAAAAUGAUUUGCCAUGUCUUUGAAUCUGAGGAUGCCCAGCUGAUUGCACAGUCCAUAGGUCAAGCCUUUAGCGUGGCCUACCAAGAAUUCCUGAGGGCAAAUGGAAUAAAUCCAGAAGACCUGAGCCAGAAGGAGUACAGCGACCUGCUCAACACCCAAGACAUGUACAAUGAUGACCUCAUUCAUUUUUCCAAGUCUGAAAACUGCAAAGAUGUUUACAUUGAAAAGCAAAAGGGAGAAAUUCUAGGUGUCGUGAUUGUGGAAUCUGGCUGGGGAUCCAUCUUGCCCACAGUUAUUAUAGCCAGCAUGAUGCAUGGAGGACCAGCAGAGAAGUCAGGAAAGCUGAACAUAGGGGAUCAAAUCAUGUCAAUUAAUGGUACCAGCUUGGUCGGCUUACCACUCUCAACAUGCCAGAGUAUUAUAAAGGGUUUGAAAAACCAGACCCGGAUUAAACUGAAUAUAGUGAGAUGUCCUCCAGUAACCACUGUCUUGAUCAGAAGACCUGACCUCCGAUAUCAGCUGGGUUUCAGUGUACAAAGUGGGAUCAUCUGUAGCCUUAUGAGAGGAGGUAUAGCUGAGCGAGGAGGAGUACGAGUGGGCCAUCGGAUCAUUGAAAUCAAUGGACAGAGUAUUGUAGCAACGCCCCAUGAAAAGAUCGUUCACAUUCUCUCAAAUGCUGUUGGUGAGAUUCAUAUGAAUACCAUGCCAGCGGCCAUGUACAGAUUGUUGACUGCGCAGGAGCAGCCAGUUUACAUCUAAGGCUAAUACCUCACCUUUGCAACAUGCAUGGAGGAUGUUUCUCCUCGUCAGUGGUUGUGUUUCUAGUACUCCAUUUCUGUGUCUGCAGAGACAUCUCUAUCUCUGUCUUCUCUCUCUCCAACAUUUUGCUGUGUACAGGGAAAAAAAUUUCCAUGAGACUUUUUUAGUUGCAUCUUUUUACAUUAUGUAAUUCCUCAUAGAAUAAAAAUAUUAGUUAUUCACAGCUAGUUUAACAAAGGACUGAUGGCACAUCUUCAAGCUCCGUCAUCAGUCAUAUUUCUAUGGCCAUAACUCGACAACACAAAUACAUUAAGUAUUACUAAAUUAGAAAGCUUGCUUUACAAACAGAUCAAACCACAGGGUAAAGUUCUCCUCUUGGACUCCACAUAGGAGAUUUUUGACUCCAUUAAUCUAUUCUGUCUGUGUGCACUGAGUGUAACAUUACCAACAAAGAGUUCAGCAUACACAGGGAGAGCAGAGCACCAAGGGGUAGUUCUGCCCUAAAGGAGGAGUUAAAAGUCUAUAAAGAAUGAGUUAAUGAGUAAGUGAUGUUGUGGUAAAACUCAUAAUUCAAAUGCACACCUUUUAAUUGUCUUUAAGGUUUAUUCUUCAGGAUCAUGUAACCUCAGAGGUGGUUUGUAUGUUGCUGAAAUGCGUAAGAGUGUCAUUGUCCUCACUAGGGUAUACUUGAGGGAGGUACUUUUACCAGUUGGUCUCCCAGGUAUGAGAGUCUUUUUUUUCCCCCCAAAAAAUCUUUUUCUUCAUUUUUAGAUGCAGGGUAUCUUUUAUAUCCCCCUCCCAACUCAGAGGUAGGAGAAUGUUAAGUGGCCUGUAAAUAUACAGCAAGAAUUAUAUUUUGGGGGCUUCUGCUGAAAAUCUAAAUUACACAAUUGCUCUUAAAUACACAAUUUCUCAUUGCUGUGUGUGUGUUGUGUGUGUGUGUG